AUGAGUAAUCAAACUCAAGAUACAAAAGAUAACCAAACAAAGCCCACAUAUCAAGAAGUUGAGCAAGCUUUAAUUAAUGUAGUUAAAGCAGGGCUUUAUUAUAGAAAACCAAAAGAUGGCAA